GCGCGGCGCCGGCCCCCUCGGAGCGCGGCCGCCAUCGGGGCUAUUUGACGUGUCGGUGGGGAAGGGGAAGGGUUUCGUCUCGCCGGGGCCGCCGCCGCCGCCGCUCCGCCGCCCGCCCGGCCCGGCCCGGCCCCGCGCCGCGGAGCCCGGCGCGCCCGCCGCCGCCGCCCGCCCCAAAUGAGCGGUGCCCCCGGCGGGCCCCGGCCGAGGACCCCGCCGAGCCGCGCCGCCGCGGGCGCCCCGUCGCCCCGGCCGCCCCCCGCCGACCCGCUGCGCCAGGCCAGCCGGCUGCCCAUCCGCGUCCUGAAGAUGCUCAGCGCCCACAGCGGCCACCUCCUGCACCCCGAGUACCUCCAGCCGCUCUCCUCCACGCCCGUCAGCCCCAUCGAGCUGGACGCCAAGAAGAGCCCGCUGGCGCUGCUGGCGCAGACCUGCUCGCAGAUCGGCAAGCCGGACCCGCCGCCCGCCUCCAAGCUCAACGCCGUGGCCGCCGCCGCCGCCGCCGCUGCCGGGGGGCUGCCCGCCGCCGACAAGGAGCCCGCCGCCCGGCCCGCCGCCCUCAAGCCGCCCGGCGCCGCCGACGCGCCGCCCGACGACAAGUCCAGCUUCAAGCCCUACUCCAAGGGCGGCGGGGAGCCGCGCAAGGAGGGCGGCGCGGACAAGGCCGGCUUUCGGGUGCCCGGCGCCGCCGGCCCGCCGUUCCCCCCGCACGCCGCCGCCUCGCCCGGGGGCUCGCGCGGCGCCUCGCCGCAGCACGCCGACCCCAAGGGCGCCGAGGAGAAGAAGGAGGCCGAGGCGGGCAAGGGCGGCCCCGAGGCGGCGGGCGGGGGGCGCGGGGCCGCCGAGCCCGGGGCGCACGGCGAGCCGCCCUCGGGCCGCAAGUCGGAGCCGCCCGGCCUGCCGCCCGCCGGCCACGUGGCCCCCGUCUCGCCCUACAAGCCGGGCCACUCCGUCUUCCCGCUGCCGCCCUCCAGCAUCGGCUACCACGGCUCCAUCGUGGGCGCCUACGCCGGCUACCCCUCGCAGUUCGUGCCCGGCCUGGACCCCACCAAGCCGGGGCUGGUGGGCGGCCAGCUGCCCGGGGCGCUGGGGCUGCCGGGCAAGGCGCCCAGCUCCAGCCCGCUGACGGGCGCCUCGCCGCCCUCCUUCCUGCAGGGACUGUGCCGGGACCCGUACUGCCUGAGCUACCACGGCGCCUCGGCCCUGGGCUCCGGCGGCUGCUCCGGCUGCGCCCACGAGCCCGGCGGCCUCAAGGGCGGAUACCCGCUGGUGUACCCCGCGCACCCGCUGCACUCGGUGCACACCACGCUCUCCUCCGGCGGCACCCCCAGCCUGCCCGGCCACCCCCUCUACACCUACGGCUUCGUGCUCCAGAACGAGCCCCUGCCCCACAUAUGCAACUGGGUGGCCGCCAGCGGACCCUGCGACAAGAGGUUUGCCACCUCGGAGGAGCUGCUCGCCCACCUACGGACCCACACGGCCCUGCCGGGGGCCGACAAACUCCUGGCGGGCUACCCGGCGGCGGGGCUGGGCUCGGGCGCCUCGUGCCACCUGCACCUGCCGCCCGCCGCCCCCGGCAGCCCCUCCGCGCUCCCCGGAUCCCUGUCCUUGAGGAGUCCGCACACGUUGGGACUGAACAGGUACCACCCCUACGGCAAGAGCCCCUUGCCCGCGGCCGGCGCCCUGCCGGUGCCCUCCUUGCCCGCCGCCGGACCUUACUACUCCCCGUACGCGCUCUACGGCCAAAGACUAACGUCAGCUUCCGCGCUCGGAUACCAGUAGCCGCCGCAGCCCCUUCCCCCCCUCCGGCCUCCCGAGCCCCCCGCCCUCCCGGGACUCUGUAUUUAUUUACUGUAUGUUAGCUUAAAGCUGGGAAUAUAAGUGCAUUAAUACACCAAUGGUAUGCAAAAAGUCUGUGUCCAAAAAAAAAAGAAAAAAGAAAAAAAAACCUUUACUUUGCAGGUGUGGGGCUUUGAUUUUUCCCUUCUGUUUCGUUUGGUUUUUUUUUUUUUCCUCCUCCCUUCUUAAUUUCCCCCCGAGACAUUCUUGCAUGACUGUCGGCAAACAAAAAGACACGUUUCCCCCCCCCCCCCCCGCCCCGUUUAUGCGUUUGGAGUUGCGUUUCUCUUCCUUUGUAAAGUUGACGGAUGUAUUUUAUUUUAUUUUAUUUUUUUUAACGUGUUUCGGGGCGGGGGGGCUCCGGGAGGAAGGAAGGGCCAAGGCCGAGGCCCGAGGACGCCGGCGGCUGCGGGACCGGGGCCGGGGCCGGUGGGUCGCGGCCCCCCGGCGAGCAGCGAGCGCGGUCCCCGCCGGCCGGCGCCGAGCAGCGAGCGGCCCGGUAAGUCGUAUUUUGUUAAUAAAUGAACUUGCCUAUA